AAGAGAGAAAUCUUAGACCAAACCAAAUUGUUGGUUUCAGUUUUUUGAGUUUGUGGGUUCGGUUACGAACUCCACAAGUCUAGGAGGAACUCUCAAAAGAUCUUCAUUGAGAGAUUGGUUUAGUGGUUGGAUUUGAAAUUUUUUUUUGUUGAUCCAUUGGUUAUGACUUGAACUGAAAACACUGUCGAGAUGUUUUCUCUUGUCCUGGUCAGUGAAAAUUUUCUCUGGUCUUAGGGUCUUCUCUCAGUCACCAUCCUCUCUUUCUCUCUCUUUACUCUCUAAUCUUUAUCCAUUCUCUCUCUUCUCUCUAAUCUGUAUUGCCAACGAAGCAAUAGCUAUGAAAAGCUAAACCCUUUCUUCUUCUUCUUCUUCUUCUUCUUCUUCAAUUGUUUAGAUCACUUGGGUCAAACCCAAGUCUUCUUCUUUCUAUGAUUCAUCAAUCUAGAUCUUCCUAUCUGGGUCCAGAAACGAUUCACGCGCUUCGUUCAUGAUAUAAAGUUACUACCUUUUUCUUGCUUCUGGGUCAUGGUUCUGUCUGCUUUUCGUCUUUUGCUUUUGUCUGGAUGAUUCAUUAAUCUCUGAGAUCUAGUAUGUUCACAAGAGUUGUUCUUAUGCGUGGUGAGAUGAUCUUAGGAGUAGUUCAGCAUCUUUCUUCAAUUCGGAUUUUGAGUUUCUGAGAUCUGUUUUUUUUGCUUAAAGAAUCCGAUCUGAGUUUGAGGAAGUUGACCAAUAUAGAUCGAAGAUGUUUAAGCAGAUACUUGGGAAGCUUCCUAAGAAAACUUCUGCUAAGUUUUGGGAUAAUGGUGAAUCCCAAACUCCAGAUAACAACAAUCAAGGAGGUGAUGAAGUUUUAAGCCAGAGAUCAUCGUCAAAUGGAGAUACUUUGGAUUGUGUUUCUUUUGAUGUAUUGCCAAGGUUGAGAGAUGUUUCCAUCUCUGAGAAGCAAGAACUGUUUCUUAAGAAGCUUAGACUAUGUUGUGUUGUGUUUGAUUUCGUCGCCGAGCCUCAACAGAACUUCAAGGAGAAAGAGAUCAAAAGGCAGACGCUUCUUGAAGUUGUGGAUUAUGUUAUCUCUUCAGGGAAUGGGAAGUUCCCUGAAUCAGUUAUUCAAGAAGCUACGAAGAUGAUUUCGGCGAAUCUCUUUAGUGAUCCUCAUCGACAAUGGAAGAACAAAACUUCAGAAGCAUUGGAUUUGGAAGAAGAAGAAGGAUCUUUGAAUCCUUCUUGGCCUCACUUGCAGAUUGUUUAUGAGUUCCUUCUAAGAAUCGUUGCGUCUCCCAACACUGACCCCAAGAUAUCCAAGAAAUACAUCGAUCAUACAUUCGUUCUCAAGCUAUUGGAUUUGUUUGAUUCUGAAGAUCCGAGGGAAAGAGAGUAUCUGAAAACGAUACUUCACCGGAUCUACGGGAGGUUUAUGGUUCAUCGCCCGUUCAUCAGGAAAACUAUGAACAACAUCUUGUAUGAUUUUAUAUUCGAGACCGGGAAACACUCAGGAAUCGCCGAGUUUCUUGAAGUGUUAGGAUCCAUCAUCAAUGGAUUUGCUUUACCACUCAAGGAAGAACACAAGCUCUUCCUUACUCGUGUCUUGAUUCCUCUACACAAACUGAAAUGCUUACCAAAUUACCAUCAGCAGCUUUCUUAUUGCGUUAUACAGUUCGUUGAGAAAGAUUGUAAGCUUGCGGAUACCGUAAUUAGAGGGAUGUUGAAGUACUGGCCUGUUACUAAUAGCUCUAAAGAAAUAAUGUUCUUGAAUGAACUGGAGGAGAUAUUAGAAGCAACUCAAUUAACAGAGUUUGAACGGUGUAUGAUUCCGCUCUCUCGCCAAAUUGCUCAGUGCUUAAGCAGUUCUCACUUUCAGGUAGCAGAACGGGCAUUAUACUUAUGGAACAACGAUCAUGUCACUAAUUUGGUGAGACAGAACAGUAGAAUCAUUUUACCGAUAGUGUUUCCCGCUUUGGAGAAAAAUGGUAGCAGCCAUUGGAAUCAGGCUGUGAAGAAUUUGACCGAGAAUGUUCUCAAGGUUUUGUCGGAUACAAAUCCAGAUUUAUUCGAAGAAUGUUUGCGCAAGUUCCAAGAAGAUCAGCAAAAAGCAGAAGAUACUAAAAAGAAGAAUGGAGAAACCUGGAAACAGCUAGAGGAGAUUGUUGCUUCAAAGGGACACACAUCAAUGGCGAAGUAAGAGUUUUUCUGCACUUUACGCGAUGCAACAAGAAUCGGUUUAUUGUUUUGUUUUCUUUACGCCUGAAAGGUAUAUACAUUUACUUUGCUUUGAUUGCUUCAAGUCUCUGGUUUCGACUUCAAGACUAGUUUAAUUCAGUUAAACAGUGUGAGAUUUUAGCCAAAUGUUGUUGUCCUCUUUCAGUUCUUGAUUUGUCUGUAUACUUCGUUCAUGUAAACAUCUUGUUAUGAAAACACAAAUUUUCUAUUGUUUGAA